AAAAAUAUGAGUGUUAGUGUCGAAGACGUUUCGAGUCCUUUAUCCGAAGGGCAGAACAGCGUUUUGGAAGCUAUAAAGUCGGAUGGUGAAAUCGCUAAAAAUGAUAGCGUUGAGGAAGGUCAGGAUAAAUCGGAGCCAACAACACCUAAACCGCAUCCGAUGGCUUUCACAAUCGACUUUGGCGCUCCGAAACAGAUCGACAACCGUAAACUGGAGGAGCUAGCGAAGAAGUCGCAGGCCAGACAUCAGCGUGUCCAGUCGAUGUCUGCGAGCCAGUCUAGACCCAAUCCUGUUGCACAUAGACCGCCAAUGAGCGCUAAACUCCCCCGUAAAGCGCAAGGAUAUAACUCUGAGGGAUAUUUUUCAUCAGAUCAAGAGGACAGUGGUCUGUCAGGGUCCUUGAAACUUCGAAGGAGUCCCCUUGCUCAGAGUUCUGAUAGAUCAAAUAUAACGAGUCCAAUAUCAAGCAGGCAAGUGAAAUCGCCUGUUAACGACCUCCUACCUAAGCGUACGUCCAAAAGUCCUAUAGUAGACAGUAUAAUGUCGAGAAGUGAUAACUUUACGUCCCGCCAUGCCCUGAACUUACCCUUGAAAACUUCAAACAGUUCCUACAUACGAGACGUCCAUAAAUCGCCUAGUUACAGUAAUAUCAACAAUAGACAUACCAUGGAUAUCAUAGACCAGAGUCCGGAGGGUGUGAUGCUUAAUGAUAUUUCAAGCCCUGAGCUAGAUAUACUGACCCCAGAUAACGGGUUGUCUACUCCAGAACAUUCUAAGAGUCCACUUCGUAAGAGCAGGGCGUCAUCUGCAACACCCGAUUUAUUGUGCAAAAAGUGUCCAUCAAAGUCUGAGCCAUUGUAUAUAGAUGAUGAAGUUGACGGAGAAUCGAACCAUUCUUCAACUGGUACAUACACAAUUGAAGGUGAUAACUACACUGAGGAACAAAAGGCCAGAAUGAGCAUAGAUAGGACUUUCGGUACCGAUAUAUACAAUGAAGCCCUAGAGGACACUUUGAAGAAACUUAAAAACGUUGAAAAGGAUCCUGAGCUUAUUUUUGAUUUUCCUAAUCUUCAACGAGUUAUUACAAAAGAGCCGAGGAGAGAUGUCUGUCACAGAAACCCGGUGACUUCAAGUAAAGGUAACGAAUUGCAAAAGGUAUCGAAAGACAAGAACGUAUUAGAAAUAUCUUGUUGCUACGAGUCCCCCAACGAAACUGAUCUAGCUUUACAAACGACGAAGCAAAUAAAAUCAACAAGGAGCUAUUUAGAAAAAAUUAAGAAUAGGGUAAGGACGAUAACGGAAAAAACGUUUUCAAAAUCUCCUCCCAAACACGAGGAAGACCCAGAUGUCGGGAUGUUUACAUCGGUAACAACAUCUGGAGUAUUAAGUUCAAAGUUUCCUGUUAAAGUUGAAAUGCCAAUUCGCAGGCGAUGUAGCUUAACAAAAUCAGAAAUAGAUCAGACUGAUUAUGUACAUAGACUAUCUCGGGAAUCGUCUGUUCCUGUAUCUUUACCAAGUAACAAAGGUGUUCUCGAAGAUACCAAGUUUGAGAGCACAGCGUUACGGAACGCUCAGAAAGCUUUAACCGAUAGUAAUUCUGACAUAACAACAGACCAGGUUGUCAGUAAGCUUUCAUAUCUGAGUUUAAAUAGGUGUAAGGGCGAUAAGACGUGGAUACAGGAUUGGGCUGACAGUGUUAAGAAGUACAAUAAUGAUACAUUGGCAAAGGAUAUGGAUUUGAAUACGACUUUCGGCGUGGAAGACCGACCUCCGAUCAGUCCGAGAUUGUUAGCUGGGAAACCCCGCAGCCCGCACGGUACACCGACAAAGAUACCGAGCCCCGUCGGUACACUGCUACACCGCAGGACACCGGACCUCAUACCACCUCAAGACACCGAGUCCUACUUACUCAAGACGCAAAACGCUAUCACUAACCUUCAAGCCAAGCUUCACUCUUCAAGGACGAUCAGCCCCAACAUUCCAAGCCAACUGACCACCAGCCUGAUCAGCGAUAAGACAUUGGUCUCUAGACUUCCACUAUCACAGCUGAGCAGGUCUAAUUCACUAAACUAUCGACUUAGAAGAAAGGAUAAUUCAGGAGACAGUAGCCCAUUAAGAAGUCCAGGUAACUACGUUAUUACCGGUUCCUCAAAAGUUCCGGAAACCACUAAGAUUCUUCUCAACAGCGCUUCAAGAUCUUUAGAUCAGGAUACGCGUCACGAUUCAAACAUGAAUAGCCCUAAUUCAGACAAGGGUCUCUUAAGUAAUAGUUCGGAUGAUAAGACCUUGUCGACCAGGCCGCAGUACGACGUGAAUGCUAUUUUAUCACCUCACAGGAAAACGCACACGCGACAUAGAUCGUUCGAAGGUCGGAAUCCAGCGGAAUAUUUUACAAAUGACGUUAGUAAUGCUAAUCCAAACGUCUGUCUUAAGAACGUCUUGAAAAACAACGCGUUAGAAGCGAAAUCCUUCCGAAUCGACCCAACGCGUUGCCAAGGUGAUAUCAAGAAAAAUCACCAAAGAGUUUACAGCGACGGUAAACCCAGCAAACCGAUGUAUAGCAACACAGCUUUCGGAACGUCCAUCAAACGCUCCAGUUCAUUCAGCACCGUCAAUAAGAACAAUAAUCACGUCGAACCUAGAUUGGUUUCUCGACGAUCGAGCGGUCAGUCCGAGGAAUAUAAAGACUAUUCCGACGAGUCGGACAACGGAUCGUUCCAUAAAUCUCAGGAUUUAAGAUUCAAGAGACAGGUCCAAAGAAGCAGGAUAGAGUAUCCGGACUUUAAGGCUAUAGUUCCAACGAAUUCCCCAAGAUGUCCAAAUACACCAGAAAUGCAGAGGAAGUUUGGACCCGGUUUGGUGAGAAAUUCGGUCAGGGUGACUAGUAAAGAAAGGGGGCUAAAUACUAGAAUGUCAGAACCGCCAGUCGCAAGGGAGGAGAGGAAGCCAGCCAACCACCAGAGUAGGAGGAUAUCUGAGCCCACGAGGCAGGCGGUUUUGAAUAGACUCACCAAAUCCAGAUCUUCGACUAGAGAAGUCCAUUCGAAGAAUCCGGAUAAAGGUCAAAAGAAACCAAGCCAACAUCGUUCAUCGUCAGCUCUAGCCACGAAAGAGGUGGAGUUCUCAAAUUGGAAGAAGAGAUCCUCAUAUGACCCGAUGAAAGCAGCUCAGGAGGGUAAAAAGAGACAGCAGAUGGCGAGACGGCAGGAGUGUAACAAGGAUGACCUUAGUUCACCCAGCCACUCAUCCCCAGUCCAUCGAUCGCAAUCCUUCCACACGACGAACAUCGCAGAUCUAACUCUGGACUACUCCUCAGAGGAAACAGAGGAUGAUCAGAUAAUAUCCACGUUGCCGAUAGACCCCAUGAUCACCUCCACUCAUUCAGAUAUCCUGGAUUUGAGGAAAGAUCUGAGGAGGCAGGAAGUCGUAUUGACUAGGGAUUAUGUCACAAAUUUUCAUAUAAACCAACAACAAGAGAAAAUCAAACGCCGCGAAGACAAACGCAAGUACCACGAGACCAAAGACUCAGACUACAAAGAAACCAUCGACAAGAGACGCACCUUCGUACUUGACAGUGAUACAUCCACUACGAACGGAAGCAGCCCUCGUACUUCGUCAGUGUUCAGUCACGAGGUCUCCCACCAUGCCAGCGACACGGAGGAUAGCGGGCCAGAUAGCGCGCCUGUGGUUAUGAGGCAGAAGAGGGCGACUGUACAGGCUAAGCAGAGGUACAGCGGUGACUACUCGAUGUCAUCGUCGACCACCUCGAUAAGCAACAAGAAACAGAAGGAGAUACAGCCGCGAUACCUGGACAUAUCGAAAUAUAAGUCCGAAAACUCGCCCAAGAACUUCCUGAGGAGGGAUCCGAGCAAAACGUAUGUCGGCGUGUUGAAUAACUGUGACAAGAAAGAAGUUAGUAAGGGUAGCGCACAGCACUAUGAAAUGGAACAAAAGAAGCAAGAACUAGAGAAGUGGAAGAGAAGAGCGUCAUACGACCCGCGUAAAGCGGCCGCGUUGGCUAAGAACAAAGCGACUCCUAAGACCGCCAGUAACGUCCUGCGCUCGCAGUCGUUUCACGGGCCGGUGUUAUCCCCACCGCGGUACAACCCGCAGCCUCUCAUCACAGAGAACUGCGACGCAUCGAGCGACAACGACUUCUAGACGACCGAGCCACGUGUAGGACCGACUUUAUAUCGUUUGGAACCAAAUGUAUAAUCUGUGUAACGUUUUGACAGAUGUCAGAUUUGCCGCCGAAUUUUUUGGUAUAAUAGGUGUCAAUCUGAGAUUCCAAACGUACGUAUAAUUUGUUUUACCGCUUGGGCACAACUGAAAGCCAUUAAACUCAUCAAUAAAUCAAACCGCUUUGACAGAUGUCAUUGUCAGAUUCGAAAUGUACAAUCUGUGUAUACUUUAACAGUCAUUGUUUCAAAUUACCGCCAAAUAGUUGAUUAUUUCGACUUUGAUAAAUGUCAGUGUCGAAUUUUUGUAUUUUUUUUUUUGUUGUUGGAUUCGAUGGGAUGAUGCAAUGUCCGUUUAUCGCACAAUGAAUUGAAAUGAUUUCCUUUAUUUUGGUCAUGAGAGUACACUUUUUAAAAGUUAUUUAGUCGUAUUUAUAGGAAUUGUUAUAUCAAAAUGCACUUAAUGUUAUAAUAGUUAGAUAUAUAUAAUAAGGCUUCUCCGUUAAGUCACAUUAUCUUCGUAACGGACUGAUUCUCAUUUUAUAUUAUGUAUAAAUAUUAUAUAAUAAAUUAGUUGCUCAUAUCAUUCAUACAUCGAUUUAUUUAAAUUAUUAAAAUAUAAGCUUUAGUUAGUAUAGUAGUGCAAUUGUAACAUCACACGAGUUAGAUGUACAUGAAUAUAUGAUUUUGAGUCUUCUCUUGAA